GGUACUGCAAAAUAGAGGCGGCGCAAAGGCGGAACCGAACCGGCGAGGUUGAAGUACGGAUGGACGGAUCACAUCCCUCCCUUUCCCGUCUUUUGUAGUCAAGGAAGAAGAAAGAUGGCGCCUACACAUGUACUGAGAUGCUGCCAGAGGGGUCUGGCGUGGAUUCCGGUUAUAUUCAUUGCCUUAGUUGUGUGCUGGUCGUAUUAUGCAUACGUGGUGGAGCUGUGUAUAUUAACUAUUCACAACACUGGCGAAAAAUUCAUCUACCUGGUAGUGUUUCACCUGUCAUUCAUCAUGUUUGUAUGGUCGUACUGGAAAACCAUCUUUACAAGACCAGCAAACCCUUCCAAAGAGUUCUGUCUACCCAAAUCUGAGAAGGAACAGUAUGAGAAGGAACAGCGUCCAGAAACUCAGCAGGAGAUCCUGAAGAGAGUGGCCACCAGUCUGCCCCUCUACACCCGCACCGGAGCAGGAGCUGUCCGGUACUGUGACCGCUGCCAGGUCAUCAAGCCAGACAGAUGUCAUCACUGUUCUGCAUGUGACAUGUGUGUACUAAAGAUGGAUCAUCACUGUCCCUGGGUGAAUAACUGUGUGGGUUUCUCCAACUACAAGUUCUUCAUCCUGUUCCUGACCUACUCGCUUGUUUACUGUUUAUUCAUCGCAGCUUCUGUCCUCCAAUACUUCAUCAAGUUCUGGACACUUUGUCGGAGGAAAUCGGCAGAGAAUUGUCCAAAGAGUGACCUGCCAGAGUCUCACGCCAAAUUCCAUGUCUUGUUUCUCUUUUUUGUGGCGGCCAUGUUCUGCAUCAGCAUUCUUUCACUCUUCACUUACCACUUGUGGCUUGUGGGAAAAAACAGGUCCACCAUAGAAGCGUUCAGAGCCCCAGUCUUCAGAAACGGCCCUGAUAAAAAUGGAUUUUCCCUGGGCUUCAGCAAGAACAUUGCUCAGGUGUUUGGGGACCAGAAGAAGUACUGGCUACUUCCUGUCUUUACCAGUCAAGGAGACGGCCUUUCUUUUCCUACACGGUUGGUCACUAUUGAUCCAGAGCAGCCCACUGAAUGUCUCCAGCCUGGCGUGUUGGAUAAAGGUGCUGUAGAAGGACCUGCUGAGCAAACCAGCCCUGUCAGUGAACCCCAAAACCGUCUUCUAGCUAACGAUUACCACAGUGAAGAUGAACACAAAGAGACAGAUGUCUUAAAGUCUGAUGAAAGUGAGGCCGUCACUAUCUCCAUUGAGAGCGAGUCAUAGCCAGGACUGAAACUGGUGAGAGGUGAGUCCUCAGUGGUCUCGUGCCUUUGACUCCCAGUACUGUUGAGGAGAAUCACAGCCAUCAAAGCUGAUGCCUUAAACAGCUCCUUUUCUCUGAAAGCUCCUGAACUCUUUCCAUUGCCCAUCGCUUAUGGAGCCUCUCGAAUCUGACCCCUACAUCAAGUCUAUAAAAUGACUCCCAGUCCCCGUUCAACUAUUGUAGCUGCGCUCUUUUAACAAAGAGAUUUACACGCAUGCCCAUCGUUUUUUGCACAGUAAGUUGUUUUGUUGCUCAGGCCUGCACAGACCCCUGAAGUCAUGCAGACUUCACCUGCAUACAAGCUGUUCCCCAAGUGUUUACCAGGAAAUGCACCACAUCUGGUACCAACUGCUGUUUACGUGAGGGGAAAGUGGAAUUUUUUUUUUCUGGAUCUUUACCAAGUGAAUAGUCUGACCGAGCUCAUCUUAAAUCCCAUGUGCCACAGAGUGUCGCCGGCUUCAGAGUUAACGGACACGAUGGCUCAUUCGCACUUUUAAAUUCAUUACUAAAGAGGUUUUUUUUUUUUUGGAAUAUUAUACUUUUUUUAAACUUCAUUGACGUUCUUCUAAGAUAUAAACACACACGUGUUCACAAAGUGCAACGGAGUGUGACCAGGCAGAGGACGCCUACAAAAGACCCUUGUGUAUUAUUAAGCUGCUCCACUUGUGUGGUGACUUUUAUUAUUUUUUUGUCAUUCUUGAGAUGAUUCUGGUGUGAAAUGUUGUGCACACGUCGGCCACUUUACGUUUGCCAAAUAAAGGGCUUAAUAUCAGAGCUCUGAACUCUACAGGAGUGUUUACAAAAUGUCAGUAAUACCUCUCUGCUCUUGCAGUGUAGCCAGUGUCACCUUGGAAACCAAAUGAAAAUCUUUGUAGGUUCCUCCUGCAGUAUCAGAACUGACCAGCAGGCGGCAUUUACACUGCUUGAUGUUGUAUUGCGCGAUCAAUGGUCUUUGGUAUUGUAUCACCAGAUUUUUUUUUUAUUUGUUUAUUUUUUUGUCUCAGUACUCGAUUAAAUUAUGUUUUUUUUUCUUUUAUUUUAUACAUAAGCGUUGUGAAUAGCUCUUCUGUAGAUUCAAAAUGCAUAUUUUUUAGUCAUUUUUGCAAAGCGGUAAAAGUGAAACGUUCUUUUUGUGUAUUUAUAUUUGUCGCAAGUUAUCAUUUAUUAUUUGGUCCAGCGUGGAAUAAUAAUUGUGCCCGUCAGCCGUGACUGUAGCGUGAGCUAACGUGGAAAUGAUGUGUGGAAAUCCAGAUGUGUUUAUGUAUCGCAGUGAUUGCUUCGUUUGUGUUCUGACGUAGUCGACCUAAAGAAAUGCCUUGACAAAUCAAGACAUACACGCAUUAGAGUGUCACUGUUCUGGGGUGUUUGUGGGUGAAACAAGUAAAUAAACCAGUAAAAAUAGACAAAAUAACUCCGUACAGAAAAACACAUCCAGUCAGUCAUAAAUUUAGAUAAAGGGAUCUUUAUUUAUAUAUGCCCACAGCAUUUAUGGAAAAAUGUACUGUUUCAAAUCUGACCUUGAAUGGCUUUUAAGCAUUACCAGAUGAUUGGUUUUGUUUCUUAAGAGAUCUUUGACUGUUUAUGUGCAGAGAAAAUCUUAAGUCUGUUAUUACUUUAUCAUCAGUGACCACACAUCAAAGAUUGCAGCUAGUAAUGUUUUAUGUGAAAUGGUGUAGCUGUUUUGUGGUGUUAAGGAAUGCAUAUGGUUGUACAGAAUGGUUUAGAGAUUGUUUUUGUUUUUGUCUUUCUUAUAUGAAUUACACAGACUUGAUUAAAUAAAAAAAGAGAUGUUU